CCAUGGAAAAGCAGAGACUGAAGCAAGACCUGCUGAUUGCCGUGAUGUGUGUAUUCUUGGUGCUCCUGAUUUUGCUCAUUGUUGGCUGCACUGUUCUUCACUACAAGCUGAUGACAGACGACAUCACCCUGAGGAAGGAGGUGAAGACUUUUGCUAUCCAGACACACUGCAUGGAAACGAAGUUUGUCCUGUCUCCUUCCCCAGCAGAGGCACUGGAAUCAUCUCAGCGGAUGCCAUGCCUGCCACCAUGCCAGGCACUAUGCCUGCCACCAUGCCAGGCACCAACAUCCCAGGGAAUGCCACAGCCACCAUGCCAACCGCCAUCUCCACCACCAUCCCAGCCACCGACCAAGCCACUGACCCGGCAGCGAUCCCAUCCAAGAUCCCCACCCCCUGCGGCACCCUUGCCUAAGCCAUCGAAAGCUUCACCCUCAAAACAGAAGAAGGCAAGCUCCAGGUCAAUCAGCCACAUUUACAGGAGCAAUUCCUCCGAAAGCAUUCACUCCGAUGAGUCUGGAAGCAUUUACUCCAUGGAACAUUUCCAGUGCCUCUACGGCUCCUCCAGGAGUGGAUCCGUGGAAUCUCUGGAGGGCAAAGGAUCCCAGGGCGAAGGAAGUGGUGGAAGCAACGAUUCUGGGAGCAUCAUGCUGUGCGCCAUCCGUGAGAUGUGA